AGGUCGUUCGUAUUAAACGAAUAAGUUCACAUCGUGUUGAUUAUAAUUAUAAGCGUUACAAAUCUCAUCUAUUGUUUUUCUUGUUCAACUGCGGGAUGUAAAUGACCAUCGGAUAAUCCACGUUGGUCAUACUAAUUAAUAUUUGAUCGAGGAUUAUUUUUUGUUUCAAAUCUAUGUGACCGUUUCGGGGAUUAUCUUGUGAAUAAAUAAAUUGUGUUGUAACCAUGCAAAUCCUGUGACUUACGUCCACGAAAGUAACUGCUUGCUAGCUGUUGAAUUGAUCCAUUCGAGAACUUUGUACUAUUGAUGAUCUAUAUAAUUUUGGACAUGUGCUAUGUCACAGUCAUGCUUCCGAUUUGAUGUUUGAUUUUGUAUCACUAUUAGUAUGCUCAGUAUUAUGACAAAAUAAUGAUAAAUUGAGUAUUUGCCUCUAUUUAAGAAAAUCGAUUUAUUACUCCGACAUUAUUUAAAGCAUGCAAGCGUAGGGAUUGUUCAAGUCACUUAGUGUGAGUAACUAGUCAAUCAUGGAAUCAAUUGCAGGGCUUCAAAUUCAUCUUCAGUAUCUUUACAUAGCAUGUCAGACGAGCCGAAGUCGCCGACAAAAGUCGACACAGACGUUGUAGCCAGCACAGGAAUACAGAAAGAAAAGUCGUUGCCGUCAGUUCAAGAAUUCCCUAUUGUAGGGAAGCAGAAAUUCGGGGUUUUUACGUCAUUUUUGAGAACUUUCGAUUUUGGUGGAAAGAAAAGAGAACAUAUUUUGGACUGCUCUAAAUCUGUCAAUCUUGGUUGCUCAGAUUAUGAUAAAACUGAAUCCGAAAACAACAAAAACCAGUCGAAAACCCUUGAUAUGUGGGCCUUUUACUACUCGUAAAAGUCAAUCCACAGCCCCACCCAUUUUGAUUCAACUCUGAUAGCUGGAACUGAAACUUUUUUUUCGUCAGAUUAUUUGUGCCAAAACUAGUUAAUUCACCAACCUCAAGAAUUAUAUCAAAAUCGAUCGUAAUUUAAGUCAUCGAAAAUGAAGACUUCUCCGGACGAAGUUGGGCUUCCCCUUCCCUUGAAAAUCGCCGCCGCCGGACUUGCCGGGUGUACAGCAGAUCUGGCUACCUUUCCACUGGACACAAUUAAAGUGUGGUUACAGGUCAAGGGUGAAGGUGGCGACAAGACUAGCUCAUCUAAACCAUUAGCCGCAAAACAUUCCACAGUACCAAAGGGCAAGAUUGGUCUUCCUGUUCAAACAUCACACUUCUCGCACACACUGGCUUCUAAUUAUCCCAAUACGGCUCGCCCAUUUCCCGGUGCAAAAUCAACAUUUCAAGCAUCUACACUGCCAAAAGGGCUACAUUUAACCACCCCUGGAUCAGCAUCCGCUACCUAUACAUUCACAGAACUAACGUCAUCCGAACUUUACAUGCUCAAAAAGUUAUCUAUGUCAAAACAAGGUGGCAAUGGUUCAGCAGCGACUACUCUGUUGGACAAUGCCGUUUGCUCCGCCAUAAAAGUCAAAGCAAAUGCUACACAAACCUUCAAUGAACUUACCUUAUCGGAGAUUUACAUGGCUAAGAAGAGAGCUUUUGCAGCUGUAAAUCCGUCGAAAAGCGCUAAAGGUGCAAUGCAAACCAUUAUUUCCAACGUGAAAAAGAGUGGGGCGAGAUCUCUCUACAGUGGAUUGAGUGCCGGCUUGCAACGACAAAUCGGAUUUUGUUCCGUUCGAAUCGGCUUUUAUGAUAACGUUAAAACCUUCUACGUCAAUCUGCUGCCAGGUGGCCCAGAUAGUAAAUUGAUCGGCCAACGCAUCCUCGCUGGAGCAACGACAGGCUUCAUGGCGGUGUGUAUGUUCCAACCUACUGAAGUGGUGAAGAUAAGAAUGCAAGCUGAAAAGGGAAGAUACACCAGUUCUUUGCAAGCGUACAGAUCCCUGUAUAAAACUGGUGGAAUUGCUGAAGCAUGGAAAGGAAUUGGCGCCAAUUGUACUCGAACUGCAGUAGUCAAUGUAUGCGAAUUGGUCACAUACGAUCUCAUUAAAGAAACCAUUUUAAAGCGGAAUUUGAUGACCGACAGCUUGCCUUGCCAUUUUACUUCCGCUCUCACAUCUGGUUUUAUCACAACUGUGGUGGCCUCACCCGUCGAUGUCGUAAAAACAAGGUAUAUGAAUUCGGACAAAGGAACGUACAAGAAUCCUAUCCAAUGUGCGGCUAAAAUGUUUAAAUCCGAAGGAUUAAGGGCGUUUUAUAAAGGGUUUGUACCGUCCUAUCUUCGUCUCGGAUCAUGGAAUAUAGUCAUGUUUGUAUCGUACGAGCAAUACAAAAGAAUUUUCAAGGACGUCGCUGACUCUACCCCCGAAUUCCCGGCUCCUCACCUUGGCACUUCCGCACCUUUACUGACUCCCACAGAAGCGGUCGAGGAACCGGUGUACCCAAGUUACGUCGAAGCUAUGUUUCACGCCCAACAUGAGAGUGGUCCAAUUUCGUAACACUAGACAUUGCAAUUGUGCAUUAGGCAGAUUUCAAUUUUUGGCUUAUAAUUAUUGUUAGUUUUGUGUCGUUUUUUAAUCAUGGCUUAAGUUUAUACGCUUUUUCGUAAUGACUUGACGUUUCACGUAGAUUUAGGUUUACUGAAAGUUUUACCUCGUCUGUUGGUAUAAGUAUAUCGGCCACCGACGUUUGACUGAGUAGAACCAGUUUUAAAGGUCUGGUUACAGUAACUAAAUGUUAAAAUUAACUACAUUCGAAACUUACAAAGAAAUUCGAAAAUUAAGUGUUUUCAUAAUGUAGUUUUGUCUUCAGUCAAUUUCACAAUUUACGUAGUAAAAAAUUCAUUAGCAAUUUUAGAGAUUUGUUUUAACUUUUUGCCAUUUUAUUUCAAAAUUCUCUAUAACUAAUCAACAUUGAUUUUAUCAGCGCGUUUUAGCGUUUACUUUUUAUUAAAAAUUAUCUAGAAAUAGUUAUAUACUUCCAUGAAUGUGUAUAAUUGCUUUUUUCCCCUUAGAUUGUGGUAAUCUUGCAAUAGUUAUGUUUUUAACUAGCUGACAAUCCGGUGAUUGAAUUAAAUGUUUUGAUAACAUUUUUCUACUACGAUAUAAUUUCUCAUAAACGCUAGACAAGGUAAAUGUUUAAACCAACAUUUACUAUUUCACCCUGUCUAAAUUUUUCCAGCAAUAUUGUAUUUCCAUCAUCUCUUUAAUGUUAAUUGAAUAUUGAAAUGUCAGUUUUUUGUUUGCUUAUAAAGAUGAUACACACUGUGCUAUAUAUAUAUUUUGCAUGUUAAUUAUUUGGGCGAAUGUCGCUUUCUGCCGUUUACUUUUAUUUCAAGUUAUACCGUGUUAUUAUGACGAAGAAAAAUUCUGAACACAA